AUGAAUAGAUACAAAUACCUGUCUCUCUGUCUGUCUCUCUCUUUCUCUUUGUCACUUUCUCUUUGUCUCUCUGUGUAUCUUUCUCACUCUCUCUUUCUCUGUAUCUUUCUCACUCUCUCUUUCUCUGUAUCUUUCUCUGUAUCUUUCUCUGUAUCUCUCUUUCUCUCUAUCUUUCUCUAUCUUUCUCGCUCUCUCUAUCUUUCUCUCUCUCUCUAUCUUUCUCUCUCUCUCUAUCUUUCUCUCUGUUGGUUUCUCUCUAUAUAUCUCUCUCUUUGUAUCUUUCUCUCUGUUGCUUUCUCUCGCUUUCUCUUCCUCUCCCUUUAUCUCUUUCUCUGUCUCUCUUUUUUCACUCACUAUCUCUCUUUUUUCACUUACUCUAUCUCUCUUUUUUCACUUACUCUAUCUCUCUUUUUCCACUUACUCUAUCUCUCUUUUUUCACUUACUCUAUCUCUCUCUUUUCUCACUUACUCUAUCUCUCUCUUUUCUCACUUACUCUAUCUCUCUCUUUUCUCACUCAUCUUCUGUCUCUUUUUUUCUCACUCUCUGUCUCUUUUUCUCACUGUUUCUUUCUCUCUCUGUCUCUUUCUGUCCGUUGGUCUCUCUGCGUUUUUAAAAGGUUUUCGGUGGAACUAACUUCUCAACAUUCCACUGAGUUCAAAACGAAAACUGUCCACCUGCUUCAUAUCCAUACUUAA